GGUGCCGGCUUCCAAGCGACUUGGCUUCUCUUUGGCUGUCGUGACUCGCACUUUGAUAUCCUCGUUCCGACCGCCUUAUUGGAUUUCCUACGCGACGGCACCCUGAGCCACCUUUGCCUCUGCUUCUCGCGUCGUCCAUUCCAGGCUAAUUCGGACACUAGUCUGCCCCCUGCACCCCACCUUCGUGACCUUCUACAGCGCGCCUGCUUGCCAGAGAGGUGCAAGUAUGUUCAAGAGUGCAUGCUGGCGGCUGAUUGUCGCAUGGCCGCAUUUGGCGCCGGCGAAUGUCCCGCCGACGUUGUGACUGCCUUCGAAGAUCUCUCUAUGCGAGAAUCGGCGCGCAGUCCCCAGUUACUUUCUCAUGGCGACCAACUGACCCAUCUUGUGAUGGACUGUGGUGCCCACGUUCGAGUUUGCGGUGACGCCAAGGGGAUGGUACCCGCAGUCGCCUCCACCUGGGUUGAGCUCUUUGCACGUCGGUUGGCAACUGGGAGCGUGUGCAUCGACCUAUCCAAAGGUCAAGUACUGACUCCAGAGGAGAUAAAACGAGGUCAAAGCUAUCUGGCCAUGUUAAGGAAAGAGCAUCGCUACAUUGAAGACGUGUGGCGAUAG